UGCUGUGAAACUGGAUUCCAAUGGAUUUUGCUUGGGCUUAUGAACGGUGCUUAGCAAUUUGGUUUGAGACUUUUGAAGACAUCUUGAUACUGUUGAGCCAAGGCAUAUAAGAAAUUGUGAUUUGAACAGAGAGUAACAAGAAUGGAUGACAUUUUCACCCAGUGUCGAGAAGGGAAUGCUGUAGCAGUGAGAUUAUGGCUAGACAAUACGGAGAAUGACUUGAAUCAAGGGGAUGACCAUGGCUUUAGCCCGUUACACUGGGCAUGUCGGGAAGGUCGUUCCAAUGUUGUGGAUAUGUUGAUAAUGAGGGGUGCUCGCAUCAAUGUGAUGAACAGAGGUGAUGAUACCCCACUGCACUUGGCUGCCAGUCAUGGACACAGGGAUAUUGUGCAAAAGAGUAUCACCAUUGUUGUAAAGUCGCUAUAA